AUGGUCAAGCGACGCCGCAACACGGGCGACGGCGCCAAGAAGCGCUUCAAGGCCGACAAGAAGGCCGACAAGAAGGCCGAGUCGGUCGCCGAGGGCGAAGCGCCGGUGCCUGCGACGGGCAACAGCAACGACACGGAGAACAAGCCGACGCCCGAGCUCAUCCAGGAGGCCAAGUACUACCUCGAGCAGUGGCAAAAGUUUACGGCCGACCCCAGCGCCAAGACCGAGACGGGCGAGCCGAUUUGGCGCUUCAAGAAGGCCAAGCAGGUGUGGAUCCUACGCUGGAUGUACCGCGCCGACGUCGUCAACAAGGCGCUGUUUACGAUCGUGCUCGAGUACCUCGGUGGCAUGCAGGGCACGGCGCGCGACCGCGUGCUCCGCGAAGCCCAAGAUGUCGUCGACGCGACCAAGGACGACGGCGAGAAGGUGCCCGAGGCCGAGCAGACGCUCGAGCAAAAGCUACUGCGCCGGAAACUGAAGCGCGCGUACCAGAUCGCCAAGGUCUUGGCGUAAGGAGAAUCGGCCAUCCAACCAUCUACUAUUCUACUAACAACAACCACAAUCACUUUGAGAACCU